GUUGCCAAACAAUGGGCAGGAAAAAGCCACGUUGACGAAGUCGACAGAAGUGUGCGUUAUUUUUCAGCCAGGAAACCGAAGGAUUGUUUUUAUUUUGAAGAGAACGAAGCAACUCUUUGGAAGAAGCGCUUGACAGCAGCCAUGUCAUCGCCGCCCAAAGAGAAAACCGAGACCAAAGCUGGGCAUCUUCCUGCGGUGAAAGCAGGAGGCAUGCGGAUAGUUCAGAAGCAUCAGUCUGGAAAUGAUGUGCCAGACAAGAAGAAUGACAAAGACAGUAAAGAAUAUGAGACUGAGAUCCCACCAAAGCUACCUGUUGUGGUCUCAGGAGUUGUCACUAAGGGGGAUAAAGACUUCACCCCUGCUGCUGCCCAGGUGGCCCAUCAGAAACCUGUGCCUGCGGUCCAGAAGCUGCCCCCGGCCCACCACAUCAACCAGCACAUCCACCAGCCACGGAAGUGAGCCUUACACAACUCUAGCCCACCCGGCCCCCCGCACAGGGCCAGGACCACACCACCCCAAACACCUGCUCAGGUUGCCAGGGAUCUCUUGCCGUCAAGCAUUCCGUACGCGCCCCCUCCCCCUCCGUCUGUGCCUGAAAGUGUCCUGUUUCCACCAGUAUCAUGACACGCAUUCCUUUUCCUGUUUCUUACCAGUAAAUCAUCGCAACACUAAAAUUGAAAGCUCCACUGCAAAUCACUAAUCAGAAACGUGUUAAUUAUGUGGGUCCACUUUAUGAGGGAUGCUUGGAGCUGUGUUUUAUUUUGUUUUAAUUCUGUCUUGCAAUAGUUCCAGAGAGAUGUAAAUUGUAUAAAUCUUUUCUUUCUUUUUUUUUGAAGUCGGUGAAUGUUGUAUAUUAGGCAUUAGGUACUAGGUGUGGCUAUCUGAAUAAAGAGUUAAUAUAAAACCA